AUGCGUCGGCACCAUCUAGGGCACAAAUACACUGUUGACAGCGGGUUUUUGAUCGAAUUUGAACCUCUGUGUACAGAAUUGCUGCCAUUUUUCUUCCCAGGGGCUCACAUCCCGCUUGUCUUUGGUUCUAAUACUGCGCUAGGGUCCGUGUGUGAGUACUGUGUAUCACUGGCACUGUUGAGGGGGUCUAUUUUCGACAUUUCUGCCUGCUGAAGUACAGAAUUGCUGCCAUUUUUUUCUUAGCUCCCCUGAACCCAUCUGCUGCCGUGCCUUUUGUUGCUGUGGAGCCCCUGGGUGAGUGCUGCGGUGCAUAGGAGGGUCAUAGGCUGUCUGGGAACUGCUGGGAGAUGUUCUGCUGUGGUCAUCACCUCGUGACACUUAUACAGAAUUGCUGCCAUUUUUUUGCAGAGGCUCUUCACUGGCACAAUGCCUCGUCGCUUGUCUGGUGCUCCUACACCUGCUGUCAAUGUCGAUGCUAUUGCAACCUCUCCUGCUGCUGAUGCUGCUGUUGCUGUCAAUGCCGACUCCACCACCAACCCUGCUGCUGAUACUGAGAGUCAAGACCGAAGAAAACUCUCCAACCUCCGUCGCAAUCUUGCUUACAAAGAAGGAGCAAGCACCCUGGAGCUGUUUGAGGUGUCCAAGCUGGCUGUGCUCCAUCCUCUGCCGACACUUCAGGAGCGUCUAGAGCAACUAGAAGGUGUUGAUCAAGAGUCUGGUACCGGUGGCAUUGUGGGAAGAGGUGUCCUUGAACAUCAAGAUGACAAGGAACCCCUUGUGUUCUACAAGCGCAUUCUUCUUGUUGACAAGGACACUGAGAACAAGGACCCAUUGUUGCUUCGCAUCUCACCUCCAAACCUGGGUGCCAGAGAUGACAUGGCAAAGCUUGAGAAGAAAGGCAAGGCACUCUUUGAUGCUCUUGUCAAGCAUGGCAAAGGAGCAGCACAGGGUCGAAAGAAGCGCAAUGGGACAAAGCUUGAUGGGCAUGCAACAAAGUGGUGCUUCAAUCUUGGCUUCUGGUUCUUGCAAGGCUUGCGAUGGUUUGGUCCAAGCGCAGACCUGCUGCAAAGCAACGAAGCACUGGCACAGAAGAAGAGCACUGCAUUUCUGCAUUGGUGGUCUCAGUAUGUCAACAGAUUUGUAGUACCCAUCAUGAGCAGUGAUGCUGUGCCUCUCACUUGGAGGACGGCAUUUCAUGAGCGUGCUAGAGCAAUGGAGACCAUAAGACAGAGAUGGUCAGCAGCAGAAGUGCUCUGUCCUGCAGGCUUCUUGGUCUGCUCAGUCUUCGAUGGAUACACUCCUGGGGAGCACAAGGACCGGUUUGACCACGCACCCUCUGUCCUGCUCAACUUUGGCGCCCACACCUGGCUCAAGCUGCCUGCAUACAAGACACAGGUGCUCUUGAGGCCACUGGACAUUUGCAUCCUAGACACCAAAGUGCUAGCACAUGCAACACUCAAGCCUGCUUGGGCUGACCCAAGCAAGCGGUGGGCUUGCUCGUGCUAUUUCCAAUCCCAAGCCCUCAACUCAGACAGGCUGGCCAAGGCUAUGACAAAGAGCACGCACCCCGCUCUGACACAGACUGCUCACAAUGUUGCAGAGUCCUGGCACCGCCAGUCCUAG